AUGCCGGGGGGCAAGAGAGGGCUGGUGGCACCGCAGAACACCUUCCUGGAGAACAUUGUCCGGCGCUCAAGCGAAUCCAGUUUUUUGUUGGGAAAUGCCCAGAUUGUGGACUGGCCUGUAGUUUAUAGUAAUGACGGUUUUUGUAAACUCUCUGGAUAUCAUCGAGCUGACGUCAUGCAGAAGAGUAGCACUUGCAGUUUUAUGUAUGGUGAACUGACAGACAAGAAGACCAUUGAAAAAGUCAGACAGACUUUCGACAACUAUGAGUCAAACUGCUUUGAAAUUCUCCUCUACAAGAAAAACAGAACCCCAGUUUGGUUCUACAUGCAAAUUGCACCUAUAAGAAAUGAGCAUGAAAAAGUGGUUUUGUUCUUGUGCACUUUUAAGGAUAUCACUUUGUUCAAACAACCGAUUGAAGAUGAUUCAACAAAAGGUUGGACAAAGUUUGCUCGGCUGACGCGGGCUCUGACGAACAGCCGGAGCGUGCUGCAGCAGCUAACGCCGAUGAACAAGGCCGAGGUGGUGCACAAACACUCCCGGUUAGCCGAAGUUCUCCAGCUGGGAUCUGAUAUUCUUCCUCAGUACAAGCAAGAAGCUCCAAAGACUCCACCACACAUUAUACUACACUAUUGUGCUUUUAAGACCACUUGGGACUGGGUCAUCUUAAUUCUAACCUUCUACACAGCAAUUAUGGUUCCAUAUAAUGUCUCCUUCAAGACAAAACAGAACAACAUUGCCUGGCUCGUGCUGGACAGUGUCGUGGACGUUAUUUUCCUGGUUGACAUUGUUUUGAACUUUCAUACGACCUUUGUUGGCCCUGGUGGAGAGGUUAUAUCUGAUCCCAAACUCAUAAGGAUGAACUACCUGAAAACAUGGUUUGUGAUUGAUCUUCUGUCGUGUUUACCAUAUGACAUUAUCAACGCCUUUGAGAAUGUGGAUGAGGGGAUCAGUAGUCUCUUCAGUUCCUUAAAAGUGGUGCGUCUUCUACGACUUGGUCGAGUUGCCAGGAAGUUGGACCAUUAUCUGGAAUAUGGUGCUGCUGUACUGGUACUGUUGGUGUGUGUAUUUGGACUGGUGGCCCACUGGCUAGCCUGCAUAUGGUACAGCAUCGGGGACUAUGAAGUUAUAGAUGAAGUCACUAAUACAAUCAAAACAGAUAGCUGGCUCUACCAAUUGGCACUGAGUAUCGGGACACCAUAUCGAUACAACACCACUGGCUCAGGGCAGUGGGAAGGAGGACCCAGUAAAGACUCCUUGUACAUAUCCUCUCUCUACUUUACCAUGACAAGCCUUACAACGAUAGGAUUUGGAAACAUAGCACCAACCACUGAUGGAGAGAAGAUUUUUUCGGUGGCCAUGAUGAUGGUUGGCUCUCUUCUUUAUGCAACUAUUUUUGGAAAUGUCACCACCAUUUUCCAGCAAAUGUAUGCCAACACCAACCGAUACCAUGAGAUGCUGAACAAUGUGAGGGAUUUCCUAAAAUUAUAUCAAGUCCCAAAAGGCCUUAGUGAAAGAGUCAUGGAUUAUAUUGUCUCAACCUGGUCCAUGUCUAAAGGAAUUGACACAGAGAAGGUUCUCUCAAUUUGCCCAAAGGACAUGAGAGCAGAUAUUUGCGUGCACCUAAACCGGAAAGUUUUUAACGAGCACCCUGCCUUCCGGCUGGCUAGCGACGGCUGCCUGCGAGCCCUGGCUGUGGAGUUUCAGACGAUCCAUUGUGCCCCGGGGGACCUCAUCUAUCAUGCUGGGGAAAGCGUUGAUGCUCUUUGCUUUGUGGUCUCGGGAUCCCUAGAAGUCAUCCAGGACGACGAGGUGGUGGCUAUUUUAGGUAAAGGUGAUGUGUUCGGUGAUAUCUUCUGGAAGGAAACCAGUCUGGCCCACGCAUGUGCCAAUGUACGGGCUCUGACAUACUGCGAUUUACAUAUUAUUAAACGAGAAGCCUUGCUUAAAGUGUUGGACUUUUAUACUGCUUUUGCAAACUCGUUCUCAAGGAAUCUCACGCUCACCUGCAAUUUGAGGAAACGGAUCAUCUUCCGGAAGAUCAGCGAUGUCAAGAAGGAAGAAGAGGAGCGCCUGCGCCAGAAGAACGAGGUGACGCUGAGCAUCCCUGUGGACCACCCUGUGCGGAAACUCUUCCAGAAAUUCAAACAGCAAAAGGAGAUGCGUAAUCAAGGCUCAACCCACAUCGACCCAGAAAGGAACCAGCUUCAGGUGGAAAGCCGGAGUGUGCAGAACGGGGCCUCGAUCACAGGCACCAGCGUGGUCACCGUGUCUCAGAUCACCCCCAUCCAGACCCUGGCUUACAUGAAAAGCAGUGAGGCUGUGAAGCAGAACAACAGGGAUGCGAUGGAGCUCAAGCCAAAUGGAAAUGGAGACCAAAAAUGUCUCAAAGUGAACAGUCCCAUGCGGAUGAAAAACGGGAACGGGAAAGGGUGGCUUCGACUGAAGAACACGAUGGGGACUCACGAGGAGAAGAAGGAGGACUGGAACAACGUCACAAAGGCUGAGUCCAUGGGGUUGCUGUCCGACGACCCCAAAUGCAAUGACUCGGAGAACGGUGUAAAUAAAAACCCACUGAGGAAAACAGACUCUUGUGACAGUGGAAUAACAAAAAGUGACCUUCGCUUGGAUAAAGCUGGUGAGACUCAGCCCCUGGAGCACAGCCCCAUUCAGGCUGAUGCUAGGCAUCCUUUCUAUCCUAUUCCUGAGCAGGCCUUACAAACCACGCUGCAGGAAGUCAAGCACGAACUCAAAGAAGAUAUCCAGCUGCUAAGCAGUAGGAUGGCUGCCCUUGAGAAACAGGUGGCAGAAAUUUUAAAAAUAUUGUCAGAAAAGAACGUACCCCAGAUCUCUUCCCCCAAGUCUCAUUUAUCACCCCAGCAGCCCCCCCAGAUACCCUGUCAAGAUAUUUUUAGUGUUUCAAGGCCUGCAUCACCUGAAUCAGAAAAAGAUGAAAUCCACUUUUAG